AUGACUUCAAAUUCAAUUGAUUUCCAUAAAAUUGCUGGUGAUUUGAACAAUCGUUAUAAGGAACAUGUUUAUUCAAAAAAUCAACAGGAUUAUACUGAACUUGUUAAAAUCUAUAGAGAUUUGGUGGUGAAGAGUCCCCUUGGAAGACAAUUACCACAAUUAUUCAAUUCUAUUUUCAAAUAUGAAGAUCCAUUGGCUCAGGAAGCUGCUUUAGAUGUUAUUGAUUUAGGUAAAAUUUAUCAAGGAGUUGAUGAACGUACCAAGAAACAAGAAGAACAAGGUGAUACUUUAGAUAUCAAAUAUGGUUAUACAGAUUUUAUUGUUAUGGAAUUAUUAAAAUGGUUUAAACAUGAUUUCUUCAAAUGGGUUAAUGAACCUGAAACUUCUACAUUACAGGGGAAAGCUAGAUUAAUAAGAGUAGAACCACCAACUGCUUUGGAAUCACAAGAUGGGAAUGCAAGUUCCGUUGAAGUUUACCAGUGUGAGGGAGAUGGUUCAAUAAUAAGAUUCCCAAGAUAUAAUGAUCCUGUGAAAUUAUUAGAAACAAAAAAAGGUAGAUGUGGUGAAUGGGCAAAUUGUUUUUGUUUAAUACUUAGAUCCAUGGGGAUAAGAACAAGAUAUGUUUGGAAUGCAGAAGAUCAUGUUUGGUGUGAAAUUUAUUCUGAAUCACAAAAAAGAUGGAUUCAUAUUGAUUCGUGUGAAGAAUCAUUUGAUAAUCCAACUUUAUAUAACAAAGGAUGGGGUAAAAAAAUGAGUUAUGUUAUAAGUUAUAGUAUUGAUGGUACCCAGGAUGUUUCCAAGAGAUAUGUUGUUGAUAAAGAUAAAUCAUUACCAAGAAAUAAAAUUAAUGAAUUGGAUUUACAAAAGAUAUUAAGGUUUUUAACAGUUAAUCAAAGGAGAAACUUGGGUAAAGAUGAAAUUUAUAAAUUAAGUAUAGAAGAUUCGAUUGAAAAAUUGGAAUUGAAUGGUCAAAAACCAAUAUAUCUUCAAAGCGAUAUAGUACAACCAAGACAAAGUGGUAAUGAUGAAUGGAAAGAAAAGAGAGGUGAAGAUGGGAAGUAG